CCCGGUGGCUCCGGAACAGGGAAGAGUCUGGACCAUGAGUUGGCCUGGCGCGACGGGAACGGCCAGAACAUCCAAUGGUCUGACGCCUAGGUGGCUCAAAACCAUGGGAUGGUCCGGCGCCCCGGGGACGCCGGAGCAUAGCAUGGCCCGGCGCCUCGGGGGCUCCAGACCAUGGGAUGGUCCGCCGCCCCGUGGAUGUUGCACCAUCCAAUGGUCUGGCGCCUCGGGGACGCCAGACCAUACCAUGGGAUGGUCUGCCACCCAGGGGAUGCCGGACCAUACCAUGGUCCGGCGCGUCGGGGGCUCCAGACCAUGGGAUGCAGACCAAGGGAUGGUGCAGCGCCCCGGGGACACCGGAACAUCCCAUGGUCCGGCGCCUCGGGGGCACCAUGCAAUGGGAUGGUCCGGCGCCCCGGGGACGCCGGACCAUACCAUGGUCCGGCGCCUCCGGGGCUCCAGACCAUGGGAUCGUGCGGCGGCCCGGGGACACCGAAACGUCAAAUGGUCCAGUGCCACGGGGGCUCCUGGCCACAUCGUCCCCGGGAUGGUACGGCGCCCCGGGGACGCCGAAGCAUCCAACGGUCCGGCGCCGCGGGGGCUCCUGGCCAUGGGAUGGUCCGGCGCCCCGGGGAUGCCGUACCAUACCAUGAUCCGGCACCUCGGGACGAGAAGCGCAUGCGUUGAAGGCCGGGAAACCCGCGUCGCUGCCUGCCGCUCGCAUCUGGACGGCAUCUGGACGGCAUCUGGACGGCAUCUGGACGGCGUCUGGACUGGAAUCACUGACGAGCCCUUUGGAUUACCCAACCGGCCAACCAAACAUCACACUGAGCUGCUACCUGGAGCGGUCCCUCCUAAGGGCCGCAUGUACAAGAUGUCCCCUGCUGAGCAUGAGGAGCUCAGAAAGCAGUUAGAAACCCUUACCAGCAAAGGCAGGAUACGACCGAGUACAUCUGAAUUUGGCGCGUCAGUGCUCUUCGUCCUGAAAGGGAAUGGAGAAUUCCAAAUGUGCAUCGACUACAGGGGUCUCAACAAGAUCACUAGGAAAUGUACAGAGCCUAUUCCUAGGAUCGAUGACCUUAUGGACAUGGUGCAGGGUUGUACAGUGUUCAUCAAAGUCGAUCUCAAAUCUGGGUAUCAUCAGAUUGAGAUGCUGGAGGAGCACGUCCACAAGACAACCUUCAAAACCAGAUAUGGUACUUACGAGUAUCUAGUUAUGCCAUUUGGACUUUGCAAUGCCCCAGGUACCUUUCAGACUGAGAUGCACCGCAUUUUCAGGCCUUACCUGGAUAAGUUCAUGGUUGUCUAUCUAGAUGACAUUCUGAUAUUCGGCCGAACUGUCAGGGAACAUGCGGAGCAGCUGACUCUGGUCCUUCAACUGUUACGUGACAACCAGUAUAAGAUUAACAGGGAGAAGUCCUCCUUGGGAGUUCCCUCUGUCAUCUACCCGGGUCAUGGGCGUCGAGACUACAAUGAAGGCGGAAGGCAUUACCAGCAACAAGAUCGAACUUCAGUGCCACGCGAAGCACCACGGCGUUAUGUACCAGUAUGCUAUGAAUGCGGCGAACCUGGCCACUACAAGAAUCAGUGCCCAAGGCUAAUCGGGGAAAGUAGCGCUUGGCAGGCCGGUCCACGAGGACGAUCCUCAUCACCAGGAUACCACACAAGGAGCAUCGAGCGGCGAGCGGUAUCCGAGGAGCCGGGUUUGAGGAAGCAAGUUGAAGAGUUGGUUAACUCGAUAGCCAACAUGAAGAGCUUUAUUGACGCUGAGGAGGCGUGCAAGGCGGAGGUUGAGAAGGCAAAAUCGGAGAAAGAGAAGUUGAAGCAAGAGAAAAAGGAGCAAGCACGUAAAGAGGAGGAAGAACGUUUGGAGAAGGAACGACGUGCCAAGAAGAAGGAGGUUAAGAAACGCAAAAAGGAGGAAUUGAGAGAAGCGAUGCGGAAAGUUUUACGUAUGGAGAUUAGGAUGCACGUGGGUGGGAUGUGCGAGGAACUACAACAUCGGCUGCUCGGACAGGUUCAGAGAGGUAGUAAAGGUAAAGAUAAGUUACCUAGCUAUACAUCUGAUGUGGAGUCCUACGAAUCCGGAAACAGCGAUGUGGAGACUCUAAGUGAGCAGACGGGAAGAUUGAAUAUUGCGGAGAAGAGGAAGCGAAGCGCCGAAAAAGUAGUUGGGGAUAGUCCUCCGAUGGAGACCUCGACGAAACGCACUGCGAAACGAGGUUUGCUUAACCCGAAACGGCUGCAACUGAGUUGUCGUCGCCAAGCGAUGAAGAAGACCCCCAAGAAGUCACCUAUUCCAAGUAUUUUGAAGAAGAAGAAGAAGAUCCCGGCCGAAUCAGGCUCAAUAGGCAAACUUCGAUAUGUGACGGAUAAUCUACGGGAAUUGGGCUAUCUGAAUGUCGACGAGCUCAAACAAGUUUGCCGAGCUGAAGAUGUCCCCUACGAGGGGAAGAAGAUGGAGACCAUACUGGCGAUCGCGGAAAGGCGUACUCAAGUCGCCUACGGACCGGACAAGGAGGAGCGAGAACCGAUCGAAGGCAUUCAACAACAGAUCAAGGUGGAGGAAACCGAUGAAGGGAUUGACAGUGAGAAGGACGAGGAGACGUGAAGUGUACAUCAACUGUGGAGAACAUGCAAAGCCCUGCUAUCAGUACGUAGAAUUGGACAAUACGAUGCAGUAAUAGA